CACUCCAUAUAAUAAUCGGAUGCAUGUAAAAGAGUCGGUGAAGCUUCGACAUGUCGACCACGGGUCCCAUAAGUAAUUAUUAUGUGGACUCCUUGAUCAACCAUGAAAACGACGAUGUCCUUACUGCAACUCGUUUUUCGGCGCCCGGUUCGCACCCAGCCGGUCCUCGUCCGACGUCGCUAGUACCGGAGUGUGCUGACUAUCCUUCCUGCAGCUUCGCACCCAAGCCACCCGUCUUCUCCACCUCCUGGGCCCCUGUACACUCCCAGUCAUCAGUGGUUUACCAUCCAUACAGUCACCAACCUCACUUAGGCACAGACUCGAGAUAUGUGCGGUCAUGGCUGGAGCCGAUAUCAGGCGCCGUGCCUUUCCAUGGCUAUCCGGGGAACAACAGGCACUACGGGUUGAAGCCCGAUGCAUUUCAAGAACACAGAGCCGGCGAGUGUCUCGGCUCCAGCGGGCGGACCUACACGGAUUAUCUGUACUGCUCAUCCACUGACACGCGAGACAAGACGCAGCAGAAUCUCCCCUCUCCUGAGUCGGAGCUCAUGGCUUCAGGAAAACAUAAAGAUGAGAAACCGGAGCUAGAUCCGAAUAACCCUGUGGCAAAUUGGAUACACGCCCGCUCCACAAGGAAGAAGCGAUGUCCUUACACAAAGUACCAGACUCUCGAACUGGAAAAGGAGUUUCUGUUCAAUAUGUACCUUACAAGAGACCGCCGAUACGAGGUCGCCAGAGUGCUGAAUCUGACUGAGAGGCAGGUCAAAAUCUGGUUUCAGAACCGGAGAAUGAAGAUGAAGAAGAUGAACAAAGAAAAGACCGACAGCAAAGACCAAUAAUGUGGACUACAGUGACACAACAACCAACAAUAACCACUAGUCUAAUGGACAGCACAGAUGUACCAAAACACACGACAAGCGCCCCUCUCCUCCUUAUAUUUAUCACUUUUGUUGGAUUUUUUUUGUAUUAACCUUAACUUCCAGACUGUUUGAUGCCGAAUAUUAUUUUUUAGUGUACAUUUAUGUGUCGAGCGUUUAAGUAGGAAAAAAAGAAAGAAAAAAGAAAACGGAAAACUUCUAAGGAGAGAAUUACACUUUGCUUUCACUUCGAGAUAUGUGGUUUUGUAAAAGAAAUUAAAGAAGCGCAGUUUGGAUACGCUUAAACUGUCCGGAGAAAGAGAAUACUUGAAUUCCUUUGAAUUUCACAAAAACCAUAAUUUAUGCUGUGAAUGUUUUCUUUCAUGUUUAUUUUCUUUGUACGCUGUUGUGCAGGUGUAGUAUUUUGUACAGCAACAUCUGCGGUCGACAUGUCUGUCUUGUAUUUUUGUGAUAGUUGUAGCUGUAUUUGUGCACAUUUUCUUUCUCCUUUUUUUGACUGUAGCCUACGAGUUUAAUUAUAGAGUGUAGAUAUAGACCUCUGCAAAUAUAACCAUAA